GUUAGUAGGGUUCCUUUCAAAUUUCUCUAUUCUCCAUGAAAUAACACACACCACCAACAAUACUGCAUCCAUUCCUCUUAGCUACUCGCGAAAUCGGAACCCUUUGAUCGUGUUUUGCGACACUACACUUGAAACACAAAUGGCUCAGAAGGAAAGAAGCAGAAUCCCAGGUUCCAUCGAGACCCAAUAUGAGGAGAGUGAGACAGACGAGUCUUCUUUGUCUUCUAGUUCCUCAGAAGAUGAGGAGGAGAUAGAGAAGGAGCUGGCAGAUGUAACGUUUGAGGAGUUGCAGAAAGCACGCUCAAAUGGGGCACAUGCUUUUUUGCAGAAACCCAACGAAGACAAAAAGUUAAAAAGGGCUAACAAGAAUAGGCCAAUGGAAGCUAGUAGCAAAAAGCCAGUUUCUGGUUUUAGAGAGGUUAUUCAAGCUCCUAAAAAGGUUGUACGUGAUCCACGAUUUGAAUCUCUUUGUGGUAAACUUGACCCUGAAGGGUUCAGAAAGAGAUAUAAUUUUUUAUAUGAAAAUGAUCUUCCUGCUGAAAGACAGGCUCUUAAGAAGCAAUUGAGGAAAUAUAAAGAUCCAAAGCGCAUAAAUGAAAUAGAAGAGCAGAUAUCAUGGAUUGACAAACAGUUGAAAUCGGGUUCAGCAAAGAAUAUUGAUGCAGAGAUAUUGGCUAAGCACAAAAAGAAAGAGAGAGAAGCAGCAAAGCAGGGAAAACGUCCUUUUUAUCUCAAGAAAUCUGAAAUACGUAAACAAAGUCUUAUUGAAAAAUAUAAGCAUCUCAAGUCAUCUGGCAAACUUGAAUCAUUUGUUGAGAAAAGGCGGAGGAGGAAUGCUGCAAAGGACCAUAGAUACAUGCCGUAUCGUAGAUCUGGUGAUGUGGAAUAAGGAUUUUAGCUUUAAGAUUCUUUCAUGGGCUAUACUGGAAAAUAGCACCCCAAAAAAUGGCAUGUGCAUUUUGUCUCCCAUCUUUGGGGAUUAAAGAUAAAAGCCUCUUCUGUCAACCUAGUAACCAUGUGCAUGUCCAAUUAGAGUGCAAACUAAGUUGGGUAGAAUUUUUUUUCAUAGAAUUAAUUUUGAACUGUUAAUUGUAAUUGAGAUUUGUAUUUAAAUUAAUCUUGGUCAAAAAUUUACAUUAGGCGUGUUCUUCAUUGAAAAGUGAGAAUUGAUAUUCUAAUGCCGAAACAAACACGAGUUAACGUGCUUGGCAAAAUCAUGGUUGAGUUGGGUUUGAAUUUGAUUUGGGUCCCAAACCAUGGUUUGGGCUUUUUUAUUUAAAUAUUAUAAAAAUAAAAACAAAUUCUU